AUGCAUGACCUUAUCAAUGACUUAGCUCAAGUAGUUGCAAAAGAAAUAUGCUCAAAAUUAGAGGGUGAUAGGCAACAGAAGUUCUCAAAUCGCACUCGACAUUCUUCUUAUAUUGCUGGAGAAUAUGACACAGUGAAGAAGUUCGAAGCAUUUGAUCAAGUGAAAUCAUUACGUACUUUUCUACCUUUACUGUGGUCACGUGAUUGUAAGCUUUGUUUAACUAAUGUUGUUUUGGUUGAUUUGUUGCCAAAACUUGGCUACUUAAGGGUGCUUUCUUUGAGUGGGUGUUCCAAGCUUCGAAGUUUACCUUCAAAGAUGGAAAAUCUUGUCAACUUGCAUUAUCUUGAUAUAAGAGGUGCGGACUCAAUAGGAAGGAUGCCUUUUGGAAUUAGUAAGCUCACCAAUCUUCAAAGGUUAUCUGAUUUUAUCAUAGGAGAAGGUGAUGGUUGUCAUAUUAGAGAUUUGAAAUAUUUGUCAAACCUCAAAGGUGAUUUCCGUCUUUCUGGGUUGGAGAAUGUUAAUGGUAAAGAUGCAGGGGAAACCAAGUUAAAUGAGAAGCAGGGGAUUGAUCGAUUGCUUGAGCAACUCGUCAUUCAGAAUUAUGGUGGUGCAAAAUUCUCUACUUGGAUUGCAGAUCCUUCCUUCAAGAAUAUGUUGUCAUUGGAGCUUCACGACUGUAAAAAUUGCAAAUCUCUACCACCAAUUGGAAGGUUGUUGUUAAAAGAUCUUUCAAUCAGUGGCUUGGAUCAAGUACAUAAGAUUGGUGCUGAGUUGUUUGGAGAAAAUCAAUCAAAUGGUUUUGCAUCAUUAGAGUCUCUGUGUUUUGGCAAUAUGCUAAAUUGGGAGGAGUGGGACCUAUGUGAAGAUGAUGAGCAAGUAUCGAAAUUCCCCAGCCUUCGUUUUCUUUCAAUCAGUGGAUGUCCUCUAUUGUUGGGAAGGUUGCCAACCAUCCUUCAAUCCUUGCAGGAACUUGAAAUCUAUGAGUGUAAGAGACUGUUUAAUAUUUCAGCAGAGAGGAUAAUGUUGAGAUUUGCAAACUUUGAAACCUUCAACAUCUAUGGUUGGAAGGAGUUGGGAUCUUUAUCGCAAAUUGGGUUAAGAUUAAUUGGGCAUCGUUUCAUCACGAUUAGGGAUUGUCCGCAAUUGGUCUCUUUGGAAACAGAGGAGGAGAUAUUGCAACUUGACAAGAUUCCAGAGAGUAACUUUCCUCCUGCUUUAAAAGAGCUGAGGAUUGUGAAUUGCGUGAAUUUGCAAUAUUUGGUUGAUGAAAAAGAAAAUAAUAAUAAGAAAAGUGGGUUGCCCACCACAAAUCUCAGAGUUUUCUCAAUUGAGGAAUGUGAAAAUUUUGGACUCCUUCCCAAGUGCAUCCACAACUUCACCUCCCUUCGAAAAUUAAAGGUGUGGAACUGUUCGGCUGACAUAUCCUUUCCAGUAGAGGGUUUCCCUACCAACCUCACAUCACUUGCAAUCUCAAACGCUUCCAAAAUUUAUACAUCACUUGUUCAAUGGGGAUUUAACAGACUCACCUCUCUUCAAGAACUGGCUAUCAGCGGUGAAGGAUGCUCAAGUGUCAUGUCGUUUCCAGAAGAAGGGAUAGGAAGAAUGCUGCCUCCUUCUCUCAGAUAUAUCUGCAUUCGGAAUUUUGAGAAUUUGGAAUACAUGUGCUCGAAGGGCUUUCAACACCUCACCUCUCUUCAACAAUUGCGAAUUUAUCGUUGUCCUAACCUCACAUCUCUUCCGGAAAAGGAUAUGCUUCUCUCGCUUGAGCAGCUACAUAUUUGCAAUUGCCCAUUGCUAGAAGAAGAACGAGAGAGGUCCAAGAUUGCCCAUAUACCUUUCGUUAGAAUUGGUUUCAAAACAGUCAUCGCGGGAAUUUGA